AUGCGAUACGGCAAGCGAGGUUCGACAGCGGACGCUCGUGAGUAUCUUUACGCAAAGCGUUACAAGCCCCUCGAGCUCAGCGAUUCGAUCGAGCCUUGGCAUGUUUCCCUUGCCACCAUUUGCAAUCAUCUGAAGAAGCAAAACCGGGAUUCUGGAAUUGACAGCGAGUACACCCAGGAGGCUUGCCUCAAUUACAUUACAUUCCUGGAAGCCCUGGACGAGGAGCACCUCCUCUUUUCGUCGAACAAGCAUGCUCUUCUCUCUGCGGACGAAAGCUGGAUGACUACCCAAGCAACGCGACACAAAGGCUGGGUCGUUCAAGGACAAGCAAGGAGUGUGGCACCAGCGCCUCGUUCGUCGAUCUCUUUCUUUGCAGCAUUGGCCUACUCCGGAGAGAUCGUUUUCUUGCGUACCAACAUUGGCAAUAGUACAGGCGAGAGUUCACAGCGCUAUUUGGAGGGCACAAUCUCUGCCUGGCGAAAAAAGUAUGGCUCAGGUCUUCUGGUCGUGACCUGGGACAAUGUGCCACAUCAUUAUAAAGCUCUCAGUCUCAUGUCCGGCUCUCAUGGUGUUGAACAUACGAAAAAGGUGUUUGUGCGCGCCUCAAGCACAAUUCCAGAAACUGAUGAGCGCUACUCACCGCUCAUUUACUAUGAGUUGGAUCGUGAGCUGUACGGUGGUCCGGUUCUUGUUGUCCCAACGCCAAAAUACCAGCCCGACUUCGCUCCCAUUGAGACCGUUUUUGGUUCCGUCAAAUAUGCUGCAGAAGGCAUUCGCGCGCGUUCAUCAAGCUUUGGCUACACGCGCCUCUCAGAGAGGCUCGAGAAGAUUCUCAACGUUGUUUUUGGAUCCUACCUGAGAAAAGAUAUGUUGAAAGGAGCAAUCCGUGACACACACAGGUACAUGAAAGCCUGGCAGGAUGGCGCCGUAAAUGAAGAUGAGGCUCGAGCUCGCCGCGACCAGCUACGCAUUCGUGACAAACAAGACUAUGACCAGAUCAGGGCUGCAACUGGCGGAAUCUUGAGACACAGGCGUGAAUCCUUCGAGCUCGCGCCAAUCAUGGACAUGGCUGUCGACAACUCCCGAACUCGCCGCCAGACUGCUCGAGCCGUUGCCGCCAGCCAAGAAGACGAUGCUAACGUGAAUGACUUUAAAUCUACAUGUGAAAAUAAGCGGUUGCUACUACAACGUGACAAAGCUCAGGCUCGAGCUCGCCGAGCAGCAUCAGCUGCUUUGCGCAGCUCAAAUUGA